AUGCACGGAAGACGGCGCGAACGAUCACGAAAGCUCUCAACGCAGGUGGCGCCUGUGGCGACCCCAUUCACGAGCCCUGCCCUUUCCCACCAUCACACGGAGAACUACAGUCUGUCGGGAGGGGACGCUGAGCGACUCCAUGAUCCCGGCGUGCAAGGCACAGCAGACGCAGCAGACGCAGAAGAUAGAUCCCGACCCGUGACCGGAACCCGGCCUUUGGGUUAUCUUGGGGAGCAUUCACUGUUGUCAAAUACUUGCGUGUCUGAACCUCCGGACUCUUGGCCCGCCGAGGCCGCCGUGAUCUCUGAAACGGUGUUGCGAGUCACUCAAGCUACAGUGCUCCCGCCGACUCCGCUCAUGAAUGCCCUUUCGGAAGUUUACUUUUCGCAUCUGUUCCCCUUCCUGCCGUUAGUGGAUCGCCGUGAUCUCACAAGUGAACCUCAAUCAGUUCUACUCCAGCAGUGCCUGUGCCUGGUUGGAAGUCAUUUCCGACGUGCGCCCAAAUCCGCCCCCCCGGCGGAUCAGUUUUACUGGAAGGUCAAAACCCUACUUGCGAUGGACUAUGAGGCCGAUCGAUAUUUGACCGUGUUGAAGUCAGUCUGCCUCCUGGCCUGCAGAAGCCCGGAGACACCAACCAAGUUGAGCCUGAAUUCGCCCUGGCACUGGGGGGGCGUUGCAAUACGGUAUGCGUUGAACAUGGGCUUGCACAGAGAAGCCACGUACAAAAGCCUACCCGAACCCGGCAUGUGUCGACGGAUCUGGUGGCAUCUGGCUAAUCAAGACACACUACAGUCGUUGUGUUACGGAAGGCCGUCUUCGCUUCGAAUGCAAGAGGUCGAUGUCAACUUGCCGACGCUCCACGACUUUGCGGAAGCUGACCCAGAUAACGAACUAUUUCUUCAGAGGACCAAACUCUGCAAGAUCCUGGGAAGUGUUUCAGAAGCGCAGUAUGGACGACAGCAGAGGCCGGUUAUGGAACAGAUCAUCCAUAUCGGAGAAUCUCUCAGAGACUGGAUUGAGAGUCUUCGCCCAGAUCUCCGCCUCUACGACCCAAUGGAGCGGAGAGCUUAUCGGCCGUUUGUCUAUCAGCUUCACAUUAUGUACUUCACCGGGGUCAUCCUCUUCUACCGUCUGGUAGAGAACUGUCUGGAAUCCCUUAGGGCGUCGGUCGUUGCAGCUUCAGCCAUCGCUACAUUGUUUGAGGAGAUUUACUAUCGAGGGGAUAUAAUUUCGCUUCUGCCAAUCAACAACUGGUACUGCAUGGUGGCGAGCGUCCCUCUGGUUCACGCCCUCGUCAAGUUCCCUGACACCAACGCAAGGCACAGGGAGGACCUUGCCAAAGUUCGGCUCGCUCUCCAGGACAUGAGGGCGAACAAUCCGAGCAGCGCCCUGAUCCUCGCCAAUGUUGAUCGUGUGCAGCGGUCAGUACUGGGAGAUGGUGGCAACGGUGGCGUUGUGCAGUCGCACCUCCCAGGAGAUGCAUCCGCGGGCCGUCCAGCUUUCGGAGACAAUAUGUUUUGCGCUGGUCUCUGCCACCGUGUCGACAAGCUCAGGUUAUUCCCGUUUCCCGCGUCGUUGUGUCCCAGCAUGGAUCUUCUGUGCGUGAACUCUGCCCAGCCGCACAAUCCCGUCGCAACCCCUCCAAUGCAACUCUUGGAGGCCGAGUCGGAUAUGAUGUUCAAUUUCGAUCUUUGCGACGUCCAGCUGGACCCGCUCUGGACAGAUUUCGAGAGACCUGUCGAGCCAUACAGUUCUCAGAUGUAG